AGCGAUUUAUAUAGCCGGACUGUUGAUAGAGUCCAUAGUAGUGGCAACGCUUAUACUGGAAAAAAAUAAGAAUCGCACGAGGUGCCGAUUAUAAACUAAAUAUUUCGUAUAAAUUAAAUAAAAUUAACUUAAAUUGUAAAAAUGGCUGAUGCAGAACACGAGGUCAACGGCACGGAAGUGGAGGAUGACGAGCAGGACAGCAACCAAAAGAAGUCUGAUGUGAAAAGACACGACGGCGGUGCGGCAGAUCUGGAAAGAGUUACGGACUACGCCGAAGAAAAAGAAAUAUCCGCUGCCAAUAUUUCCAGCGCCGUAGAGCAAUUUGGCAACCAGCGUAAUAAAGAGAAUGAACUGCGAGUGGCCAAGGAGAAGGAGCUCCAAAAAGUCCAGGUCAAAAAGGAGGACAUAGAGUUGAUAAUGAACGAGUUGCUGGUCAGCAAGGCGCAAGCCGAGAAAGUGCUGAGGGAACAGAGCGGUGACGUGGUGGCUGCCCUGGAAGCCAUCAUCAGUAACUAAGAUACUCUGGGAUCCUGGCGUCUUGGCCGUCAACCGUCGUCUGACUUUUUACGUAGCAUAACAACACUGCUUUAUUUGUACAUUUAUAAACUCUAGCGAAGAUGAAACCAACAAAAAAAUAAUUACAAAUCCAAAA